GCCCUUUUGCAGGUUUCCCAGCUCGUUUUCUCAGCCUGGCAUCGACGGGACCGUUCGUUAGUCGGCGAUAAAAACCCUUAAAAAAAACAUAUGGAAACAGGGAGAGCAAACAGGGGGACAUCUCUCACCAACGGCCACACGUGCUCCUCUCCUCUCCCCCUCCUCGUAUGAGUUUUUGAAGAGGGAGGGCAGGGCAGCUUGUGCAUCUCAUCGUUUCCUCAUCUGGCGUCCGAGGGCACGGUCGUGUGUGAGCCAUGACUCUGAGCUCAGAGAUGUCGGAUGCCUCUAUCCUCUCGGAGGAGACCGACAUUGACGUGGUCGGCGAAGGGGAGGAUGGAGACAACCAGACGCGCUCCUACGUGGACGAGGUGGCGCAGAUGCACGACGGCAUCCUCCUGGACGGCUCUUCUUCUCCUCCUCCGUGCCUGGACAGCUCCGGCUCCUCGAGGGAUAGCUACAAACCCGCGGGCAAGAACAACCUGGUGAAGCCCCCUUACUCCUACAUCGCCUUAAUCACCAUGGCCAUCCUGCAGAGUCCCAAAAAGAGGCUCACUCUCAGCGAGAUCUGCGACUUCAUCAGCAACCGCUUCCCGUACUACAGGGAGAAGUUCCCGGCCUGGCAGAACUCCAUCAGACACAACUUGUCUCUCAACGACUGCUUCGUGAAGAUCCCGAGGGAGCCCGGGAACCCUGGGAAGGGCAACUACUGGACCUUGGACCCGGAGUCGGCUGAUAUGUUUGACAACGGGAGCUUUCUGAGGAGGAGGAAGCGCUUCAAGCGGCAGCAGGCGCAGGACUUGCUGAGGGAACACAACACUUUUAUCCCCGCAGCUGCUGCGUAUGGGUACGGACCGUACGGCUGCGGAGGAUACGGCAUCCAGCUCCAGUCCUACCACACACACUCUGCACUUUUUGCGUUUCAGCAGCAGCAGCAUCAGCAGCAUCAGCAGCAUCAGCAGCAUCAGCACUCCAGGCAUUCGCAUGCACACACGGGAACCAUUAUCCCCGCGCCGUCUUUGAUGGCAACCAGCACGGACUUAGCCAGGAGCAGGUUUUAUCCCCAGCUCGGCUCCAGUCUGGGCUCGGCCAGCGUGCAGGCUGCAGCCCCGGCUCAGAAGUCCAGCUCUCCGGUGCAGCGGUCUCCCUUCUCCAUAGAGAGUAUUAUCGGGGGGUCACUGAGCCCCUCCAGGACUUCUCCCGCCGUUAUCCCGGUCUUACCGUCCUCUCUGGGGCCUCCAUCGGCCAGCCAGGCGCAGACCGUCCACCCCGGAGCUGUUUUACACCCGGUAGAAAACUUUCCGAACAGAGCUGUCAGCGGCACUAGCGACUGUUAAAUGUCUUAACAACAAACUUUUCAAGACACAAAAAAAAAAAAAAAGAAAAAAAAGAAACAGCAACAAAAACAAAAAAACGCCCCUCUUUUGAAGGUAGGAUUAUUUUUGUAUGUUUGUUUGAUAGCACGCAGCUGAAUGAUGGACAUAAAAAAACACUAUUUGUGCCUAAAUUCAUGCUGUUAAAAAUAUAUAUUUAUGUUAAUUUUUUUCAGUGUGAAUCUGACUUUUGACCACGAACUUUCCUUAUAUUUCCCAUGGAGCAAUUCGUUUCAGUCACUGUUUAGGGCGUCUCAGGAUAACGAAUUAAUAGGCAGGUUAUAAAUGAUCACAUGUUUUGAAAAUAGGCUAAUAAUGUAUUUGUGUCAAACACAUCCAUGUUUUUUUUUUUAUUAGUUUGGCAAAUCAAAACUUUUUUUAUGGUUUCGAUUUGAACUUUGUAUUAAAAACACAGAGCAAAGGCAUACAUUUAUAAUAAUAUGCAGUGUGUGUGUGUUUAUUUCAGUAAUAAAACAUUGUAAAUUUUUGGCAAGUAUUGUGUAAUUGAAGUGUGAUAUUUUUACACGGUUUGUUUUUCAUCAAGAAUAAAUUUCGUUUUGCAAAAAAGGUAA